GGAUCAACUCCUCAUCGGAUCUUCUUGCAAGAAGAUCCUCCGCAGCAUCAUUAUAUUGUAUUCCCAUCUAUCUCUUGAUUCUCUUCUGCAUCGCCAAUUCGCCUUCAUCUCCAAUUCACCAGAAGACACUGCGGAUCAAUUGGCGUGCAUCGACUCGAUUCGCUAAACCGUUUAAUUGUGUUCGAUCGGAGAAGCGUUAGAAAGCUGCCCAUUUUUCUAUCCCAUGUAUUGAAGGUCCCGGAAUUCCGAUGAGCAUGUCUGGCGCUGGAGAGGUCGUGGGGCAUGUGAAUUUUCCGGCGAUGGCUGAGAAAGACCGGCGCAGUUGCUGCAACCCUGUUAGGAAACCCGGGCCUGUCUCCAUGGACCACGUCUUGUCAGCUCUGGGGGAGAGCAAGGACGAGAGGGAUCUCAGAAUCAGGAGCCUGUUCAGUUUCUUUGAUUCCGACAAUGCUGGGUACUUGGGUUAUACCCAAAUUGAGAAGGGCUUGUCCGCUAUGCAAAUCCCGGCAGACUACAAGUUUGCCAAGGAGCUGCUAAGGGUGGUCGACGCCGACAAGGAUGGGAGGGUGGAUUAUCAGGAGUUCAGGAAAUAUAUGGAUGAUAAGGAGCUAGAGCUGUAUCGAAUCUUCCAAGCCAUUGAUGUAGAGCACAACGGCUGCAUAUUGCCCGAAGAGCUCUGGGAUGCCCUAGUGAAGGCUGGGAUUGAAAUUGAUGAUGAUGAGCUUGCACGAUUUGUGGAGAGAGUUGACAAGGACAAUAAUGGCAUUAUAACUUUUGAAGAAUGGAGGGAUUUUCUUCUACUCUACCCGCACGAAGCCACCAUUGAAAACAUAUACAAAUACUUGGAGAGGGUGUGCUUGGUAGAUAUUGGUGAACAAGCUGUGAUUCCGGAAGGAAUCAGCAGGCAUGUCCAUGCGACUAAAUAUUUGCUUGCUGGGGGAGUUGCAGGCGCUGCUUCACGUACAGCAACUGCUCCAUUGGACCGUCUUAAAGUUGCCUUACAAGUUCAGACCACACGUGCUUCCAGCAUAAAUGUAAUAAAAACCAUAUGGAAGGAUAGUGGGGUUUUUGGUUUUUUUCGGGGAAAUGGAUUAAACGUUUUAAAGGUUGCUCCUGAGAGUGCCAUAAAGUUUUAUGCAUAUGAAAUGCUGAAGAAUGCGAUUGUAAGCGCCAAGGGAGGGGAACAGGGUGAUAUAGGAACCUCCGGGAGGCUUGUUGCUGGUGGAAUGGCUGGGGCAGUAGCACAAGCUGCUAUUUAUCCAAUGGAUCUUGUGAAAACCCGGUUACAGACUUUUGCGUGUGAAGGUGGGAAGGCCCCAAACUUGGGACAGUUAUCCAAAGAUAUUUGGCUUCAUGAGGGUCCCCGGGCGUUUUACAGAGGACUUGUGCCCUCUAUUCUUGGGAUGAUUCCAUAUGCAGGCAUUGAUCUGGCUGCAUAUGAGACUUUGAAAGACUUAUCAAGGACAUACAUUCUCCACAAUGAUGAACCUGGUCCUCUCGUGCAACUGGGCUGUGGGACAAUAUCAGGAGCCCUAGGAGCAACAUGUGUUUACCCGUUGCAGGUUAUUAGAACCAGAAUGCAAGCACAACCAAUGCAUGCAAAUACUCCAUACAACGGAAUGCGUGAUGUGUUCUUGAGAACGUUUAGGCACGAAGGAGUCAGGGGCUUUUACAAAGGACUCUUUCCCAAUCUUCUAAAAGUGGUACCGGCAGCAAGCAUUACAUAUCUUGUUUAUGAAAAAAUGAAAAAGAGCUUAGAUCUUGAGUAGCUGACACACCACUGAAAGCAAAUGAGCAGAGUGGACGAUGAUGAUGAUGAUGAUGAGAAAUAAGAUUGUUAAUCAUAU